AUGCCACCGCCAUCCAACCAACGGAAGGACAUCGAGCCCCCGGCUGAGGUCACCACUCAGGCCAUGAUAGGCUUCAUGACCGGUGUGUUCCGGUUCGGCUCGGUCUCCAUAUUUGCGCAUAUGAUCAUGAACCUCCCACAUCCUUUCAUCUUCUCUCCUCCAAAACCGCCCACUACGCAAUCACAAGCUCGAUCUCGGCCCCAGAUGUUCUCGCGCGACUAUCUUCGUUCUCGUCUCUUCUACCGUCCAUUAGAAGGAUUUUCGGAAUGGAUCUCGCCAGGUUCUCGUGUUUAUCGCGGCUUGACACCGCAAUUCAAGGUGUUCCUGCAGAUCGCAGCCAUGACGGCCGGUGGCUGUAUCUGGGCCGAAAGACGGGUCGCAGAGUAUAUUGAACUGAUGCGGCGUAUCAAAAGAGCCGAACGUCUCCAGGCCGAGCGCGAGCAGGGUUCCCGACCGUACUAG